GACAUAGAAUUUGCAGAGACAGCACAUGACAGUUUUCCAAUCAAUUACACGUUGAACACUCCCCCCUACACGGCUCCUGAAUAUGUUUACUCCGGGGGACGGGAAUCGUCAUUGACAGAGGCGGACUUACAGUCUAACACAGAAAUUGGGUGAGAGAGCAAGUCAGCAAGCGCGAGCAGCCGAGCACGGAGCACUAUCAACUGGAGUUUGGAAUUUGGAUAAUUGAAUUGAUAUUUCAAUCAACAUUUAGAAGAAAGUAAUUCAGGAUGUCUGAUCAACGGUCGAAAAAAAGAAUGAAGUCACUAUUUUCUUUUUACAAGAGAGAAGGGGAUUCUACUGAAGCACCAACACCUAAUAAUCCUGCGCCAGUGACUCCUGAUUCCCCAAAUUCUUUGCCUAGAGAUGAAAUGGAAAUCAUUGUUGAGGCUCCAAAAACCCCAACUGUUCAAACUGAUCCAGGAUUACGUGAUUUGAUAUGUACAUUUCCGGUAAAUCAGCAAGAUCGUAUAAGAAAAGAGUAUCUACAAUUGGGUCCUUGUCAACCAAAAUUGCAAAAUUACCCAACAACUUUUGAUGGACGCGAUAAUCGUCGUUUUCAACAUAGAUGGUUUUCAUUGUUUCCUUGGUUGGAAUAUUCAGUUGCAAAAGAUAAAGCAUUCUGCUUCCCUUGUUUUCUUUUUGAAAAAAAUCCACCAAAGUUUCCUUUGUUCACAACUACAGGAUGUUGUAAUUGGAGUAGAAUGUUGGCUGGGAAAAAAGGAAUUUGUGAGCAGCAUGUUGGACAAACAAAUUCUUUACAUAAAAGGAAUGUUCAGAGUUGGGCCGAUUUGCUAAAAACAUCUCAACACAUUGAUCGAGUGAUCGAGAAACUUCCACCAGAAAUUGUGAGGCAGAACAGGUUGCGUUUAAAAACAACGAUAGCAGCUGUUAAGUAUCUUGGUAAAGAAGGAUUGCCCUUUAGAGGUCACGAUGAAUCUUCCAGUUCUAGUAGCAGAGGGCAUUUCAUUGAGAUGAUAAAGAGUUAUGCAAGUCUGGAGAAUGAAAUUGCUAAGGUGGUUCUUGAAAAUGCUCCCAAACAUGCCAUGUACAUAGCACCAUCGAUUCAGAAAGAAAUUUUAGAUAUCAUUGCAACUAAGAUUCGAAGUAAAAUUCGACAAGAAAUUGGAGAUUCCAAGUUCUGUAUCCUAGUUGAUGAAUCACUUGAUGUAUCUCAUAAGGAGCAAAUGGCAAUUAUUCUCAGAUUUGUUGAUCAAGAAGGAUAUGUUCGAGAAAGGUACUUUGAAAUUGUUAGUGUUAAAGACACUACUUCUAUUACUCUCAAGGAACAUAUAUGCUCUGUGCUUUCUACAAACAAACUCCAAGUGCAAAACAUUCGUGGUCAAGGAUAUGACGGAGCUAGCAAUAUGCGUGGUCAGUUUCAUGGACUAAAGACAUUAUUCCUUCAAGACAAUCCAUAUGCAUAUUACGUUCAUUGCUUUGCUCAUCGGUUACAAUUAGCUUUAAAUGCAUGUGCUAGAGAUGUUCCUGAUAUGCAUAUAUUUUUUCAAAUGCUAAGCUCCAUUGUCAAUUUUGUCGGAUCUUCAUCAAAGCGUACUAAUCUGUUAAGAGAUAUUCAGGAAGCAGAACACUUAGAAAGUUUAGCAGAUGGAAAUCUUGAGACAGGAAAAGGUCUUAAUCAGAUUCGCAGUUUAAAAAGAGCAGGUAUGACUCGAUGGGGUUCUCAUUUUGCUUCUGUUAAUACUCUGGUUCAUAUUUUUGACGAGGUUACUCAGCUACUUGAAAGUAUGAUGAUCGACAAAGAACUCGCAGGAAGUGUAAGAGGUGAUGCAAAAGGUUUUCUUAAAGCAUUAAGGACAUUUGAUUUUAUAUUUUGUUUGUUACUUACUAACAAAAUCAUGGGUAUAACAGAUUUACUUUCUCAAGCAUUACAAAGACAAUCACAAGAUAUUGUUAAUGCUAUGAAUUUGACUUCAAGUACAAAGGCACUUCUGCAAGAAUUGAGGGAUCAUGGUUGGGAUGAGUUUUUGCUAAAUGUCUAUAAAUUUGGAGAAAAUCAUGAUCUUGAAAUGCCUAAAAUGGAUGCAUCCUACUCAAUGGGGACUGGUCGUGGUUGUCAACAACAUGAUUUUGUCACAAAUGAACAUCAUUAUCAUUUUAGCAUGUUUAAUGUGAUUAUUGAUGUCCAAAUGACAGAGCUAAAUGACAGAUUCACGGAGCAAAGUAUAGAACUGCUUGUUUUGAGUGCUGCAUUGGAUCCUAAAGAUCACUUUAAAAGGUUUGACAUCAACAAGAUUUGUGAACUUGCAGAAAAGUUCUAUCCAGGAGACUUUGAUGCAUCAGAGGUACGUGCUUUAAGACUACAAUUAGAACAUUAUAGAUGUCAAGUAGUUUCCCAUAAAGAUUUUCAAGAUUUGUCUUCUCUUGCACAAUUGUGUAGACAAUUAGUUGAAACAGGCUUAGCUAAACUUUUCCCCCUAGUUGAUAUAUUGAUUCGUUUGGUCUUGACACUUCCUGUUUCCACUGCCACUACUGAACGUGCAUUCUCGGCAAUGAAAAUUAUAAAAACUCGGCUUAGAAACAAGAUGGAAGACGGAUAUCUUUCAGGUUGUAUGAUGCUUCACAUUGAAAAAGAAUAUGUUGAUGCUGUUGAUUCAGAGGAUGUAAUUGAUCAUUUCGAGUCUAUUGGAGAAGGAGAUCGUAGAGCUCAAUUUAGAUAA